CGCGACGUCGCGAUUGAAUAAUAGGGGCAAUAUGGCAGCUUCCAUCAGGUUGUUCUUCCGGAGGGCGAUCCGUCAUUCUCAUAGAAAUAUUAACAUUAACUUUGCCGGCAGUUUAGGUCGGUCAGCCUGCGGUGCGGGAGCUUCACCCUGUCGGUGUUUUAGCGAUGAAAGAAGCACACACUUUGGCUUCGAGACUGUGCCGGAGGCGGAGAAGGCAAAGCGAGUGUACAAGGUGUUUGAGAGCGUGGCUCAGAAGUAUGACGUGAUGAACGACGCUAUGAGUCUGGGGGUACAUCGGCUGUGGAAGGAUAUGCUGCUGCAUGUUAUGCACCCACAGCCCGGCGCACGGCUCCUGGACGUGGCUGGUGGAACAGGUGACAUUGCCUUCCGUUUCCUGGACUACGUUCGCUCACAGCAGGAGCGGCAGCAGCGGCGGGUGGCACGGUCCAUGCAGACGCCAUCAUGGGACGACAUUUCCAACAACUACUCCACAGAAGACGAGGCUGAGCCCCAGGAGUCCACCGCAGUGGUCUGUGACAUCAACAAGGAGAUGCUGCAAGUGGGAAAACAGAAAGCUGAACAGAUGGGCAUCACCACUGGCCUGUCCUGGGUGGUGGGGGAUGCAGAAGAACUGCCUUUUGAUGACGACCAGUUUGAUGUUUACACCAUCGCCUUCGGCAUUCGCAACGUCACCCAUAUAGAUAAGGCGCUGCAAGAGGCCCUGCGUGUGCUGAAGCCCGGUGGCAGGUUCAUGUGCUUAGAGUUCAGCAAAGUGACCAACCCUGUGUUGGCCAGGCUUUAUGAUGCGUACAGCUUCCAGUUGAUCCCAGUUUUGGGAGAGGUGAUCGCUGGGGACUGGAAGUCCUACCAGUACCUGGUAGAGAGCAUCCGCAAGUUCCCUGACCAGGAGGAGUUUAAAGGUAUGAUCGAGGAUGCUGGCUUCUACUGUGUCCAGUACUACAACCUCACUGCAGGGGUGGUGGCUCUUCACUCUGGCUUCAAACUGUGAGAUGCACCUGCGACACCUUCUGAAAAGCAAAGCAAAGAAAAGAAAACACUGGCUCUGUACUAGUGGGAUUGCUACCUAUAUGACAGACUGUUUGCAUAAAUCCCAGAGAGGUGAAGUACAGAGCAUGGAGCCCCAUGUUGGAGAGGAGCUCCUGUCUGCCAAUCCCACUGCACAGUGACAGAAACACUCAACAGCAGAUAUUUGUCGUUAUUGUAUUUAUUGUUUGGGUAAAGGUCUCUCCUCAGUGAUUAUGGGGACUUUAAAGAACUGUUAAAGGCAUGUGUUAUGCUGUUGUUUAUAGAAAAAAGCCAAAUCAAGACGUAUAAAGAACUCAGACUGCACUGCAUCAGUGGAGUCAUUGUUGAGCUGUUGGUGAGAGAUUCAAAGGUAUUACAUGUACAGAUAGUUAUUGAUACUUUUUGUAAAGUCUUCCAGUUGAAAAACAGAUAUUAUUAAAACUUCUAAAACCUGC